UCCGCCAGAGCUGGGUCAGCUUUUUGUGGCAGGGUUUGUUUCCUACGGCAAAAUUGCCGCUUUUAUGCAUGACUGGGCUCCAGCCAGAGUCCGGAUGCAAGGAAGUGAAUCGGCAGCGGCCGUGGAGGGAAAGUUGCUAGCCCAGCCCGGGGAGGAAGCUCACCGCGCUGCUCUGCUCCGCCGUCCUCCUCGGGGCUUGAAGUCUCCUCCCGGUCUGGGCUCACUCAGGACUGCGGCCACUCCAGGGUUCCCCUCUGCUGCGGCGCCCUCUCAAACUAUACGCUCAGCAGCAAGCUGCUCGGAUGCAGGCCAAUGAGGGGGAAACUCUGACCUCCGCCGCGCGGACCUACUGCCAGCAAGUGAGCUGCCUGAGCUCACUGACCAUUCCCCGCUCUGUCUCCAACCCACCCCCAACUGCCCCCCGCUCCAGGACCCUAAGGCCAGAUUUGAACCCUGAGCCAAGACUUCAUCCUGCCGCAGGGGCUCGUGGGUCCCCACACCGCUGCCUCGCUGUUUGGAGCCUGACUUGGAUUCGUCCGGUCGUCUAAGUUCUCUCGGAAGGGUUUCCCCUGGUCCAGAGCUUCAGAACUGCUGAGUGCCCUGCCCACAGCACACUGGAGACACGGUCCUGGAGAGCACGGGAAGACCCAUCCUCAGAGUUCAUAACCGUGGGAAAGUGGUCAGCACACGAGGAAACGAAGCUCGUCUUGGAGGCCAUGACUGCGUCGUCUCAUACUUCUUGGAUUGUUCCUAUUUCAAACCCAAAACAGAGGCUGACAGGCUGUCAUGGCGACCCAGGGGGACCCAGAGGACGAGCAGGUAGUCCCAAGCGAGGAGGAUGAAGCGGACGUGAGGACGGUGCAGGCCCGGUACCUUCGGAGCCCCUCCCCCAGCCAGCGCUCGAUGGUCUCCGACGCAGAGACAGAGAGCAUUUUCAUGGAGCCCAUUCACCUCUCCUCUGCUGUGGCUGCCAAACAGAUCAUCAACGAAGAAUUCAAGCCUCGGGGGCUGAGAGCAGAGGCGGAAUGCCCGGGCAUGCUGGAGUCGGCAGAGCAGCUGCUGGUGGAGGACCUGUACAACCGCGUCAGGGAGAAGAUGGACGACACCAGCCUGUACAACACCCCCUGCGUCAUGGACCUGCAGCGGGCCCUGCUCCAGGACCGCCAAGAGGCCCCCCGGAAUGAGGUGGAUGAGGUCUGGCCCAAUAUCUUCAUUGCUGAGAAGAGCGUGGCUGUGAACAAGGGGAGGCUGAAACGCCUGGGAAUUACCCACAUCCUGAAUGCCGCGCAUGGCACAGGCGUCUACACUGGCCCUGACUUCUACACUGGCCUGGAGAUCCAGUACCUGGGGGUGGAGGUGGAUGACUUCCCGGAGGUGGACAUCUCCCAGCACUUCCGGAAGGCGGCCGAGUUCCUGGAUGAAGCACUGCUGACCUAUAGAGGGAAGGUCCUGGUCAGCAGUGAGAUGGGCGUCAGCCGCUCGGCGGUGCUGGUGGUGGCCUACCUGAUGAUCUUCCACAACAUGGCCAUCCUGGAGGCCCUGCUCACCCUGCGCCGGAAGCGGCCCAUCUGCCCCAACGAAGGCUUCCUGAAGCAGCUGCGCGAGCUCAACGAGAAGCUCAUGGAGGAGCGGGACGAGGACGAGGCGGACGCGGACGCGGACGCGGACUCGGACGGGGCCGCAGGGAGCACGCUGGGGGCCAGAGUGCAGGCCCUGACCGUGGAGGAGGACGACGACAUCACCAGCCUCUUGAGCGGUUCCUCCCUGGGCAAGGCCAGCCGGGCCUCCAAGCCCCCGACGCUCAUCGACGAAGAGGAAGAGGAGAAGCUCUAUGAGGCCUGGAAGAGGGGGCAGGGCCUAGGCACGGGCCAAGGCCCCCAGGGCGGGGACGGCAGGUGCUCAGCCUCGGCCGGCCAGGGUGGGGCGCAGCCGGAGGACGGGGAUGCGGAGGACGAAGACGUGGAGAGGCUCAUCCAGGAGUGGCAGAGCCGGAAUGAGAGGUACCAAGCCCAGGGGCACCGGCGGUGGGGGCGGGAGGAGGAGGAGGAGGAAGAGGAGAGCGAGGCCGGCUCCUCGGUGGGCAGAAGGCGGAGGCACACGCUGAGCGAGAGCAGCACUUUCGAGAGCCUGAGCAGCCGCGACGUGCGGAUCUUGAAGCAGCAGCUGCAGAGGGGCCGCCAGAGCCCAGGCCCCCGACGCCGCUCGGACUCGGUGUCCACCGACAGCACCUGGGACGUGUGGAACGAGCGACUGCAGGAGAUCGAGCGGGAAGCUUCACGCAGCUACCACUGCCGGAGCAAGAGGGAGCAGGUGGAGGCAGGCAGCAGGGCGCGAGAGGAUGACGAGGAGAGCGUGUCCUCGGAGGCCAGCUCCUUCUAUAACUUCUGCAGCAGGAACAAGGACAAGCUCACUGCCCUGGAAAGGUGGAAGAUCAAGAGAAUCCAGUUUGGAUUUCACAAGAAAGACUCAGAGGCAGGAGACAGCAGCAGCGAGCAGGGAGCCGUGGACGCAGAGGGCGCGAGGAAGCCUGCGGAUGUGAGCCUGUCGGCCUACCAGGCCUGGAAGCUGAAACAUCAGAAGCAGGUGGGCAGCGAGAACAAGGAGGAGGUGCUAGAGCUCAGCAAGGGCGAGGACGCCGUCCUGGCUAAGAAGAGACAAAGGAGGCUGGAGCUGCUGGAGAGAAGCAGGCAGACGCUGGAGGAGAGCCAGUCCCUGGGAGGCUGGGAGGCAGAGAGCUCAGCUGCCAGUGGGAGCAUCCCCCUGUCUGCCUUCUGGUCGGCAGCCCCCUCUGUCAGCGCUGACGGGGACACAGCGUCAGUCCUCAGCUCCCAGAGCCUCCGCUCCCACCUGUCUCAGGCCUCCAACCCCACCACACCCCUGCCUACCCUGCCCGUGGGCCCCGGAGACACCAUUUCCAUUGCCAGUAUCCAGAACUGGAUCGCCAACGUGGUCAGCGAGACCCUCGCCCAGAAGCAAAAUGAGAUGCUGCUGUUGUCCCGCCCACCAUCCGUGGCAAGCUUCAAGGCGGCAGCACCAGCGGCCAGCUGCCUGGGGGAUGACCAAGUGUCCAUGCUCAGCGGCCAGAGCAGCUCCUCCCUGGGGGCCUGCCUGCCGCCCCAGAGCCAGGCCAGACCCAGCUCCGACACACAGUCAGUGCUGUCUUCCAGCACUGCGCUGGGCUCCAGGGCUGAAGGCACUGGGGGCAGAGUGAGGGGGACCAGUAAGCCCAUCUACAGCCUCUUCGCUGACAACGUGGACCUGAAGGAGCUCGGCCGGAAGGAGAGGGAGAUGCAGGCGCAGCUCAGUGAGAAGAUGUCCGAGUACAAAGUGGAAAAGCUGGCCUCAGACAACAAGCGCAGCUCCCUUUUCAAGAAGAAGAAGGUCAAGGCCGAAGAGGACGACGUCCUGGGGGACAGGGAUGAGGACACUGACAGUGCCAUCGGGAGCUUCCGAUACUCUUCCCGCAGCAACUCCCAAAAACCCGAGACAGACGCCUCCUCCUCGCUGGCUGUCUCUAACCACUAUGAAAACAGCAGCAGAGCUGGCAGAGAGAUGGACAGCAGCAUCAGCAGGUGGCUCAGUGGCCUUGGGACAGAGGAGAAGUCCCCUCCCCAGAGCGACUGGUCUGGGAGCUCCCGGGGGAAGUACACCCGAUCGUCCCUGUUCCGGGAGACGGAGUCCAAAUCGUCCAGUUACAAGUUCUCCAAGUCCCAGUCCCAGGAGCAGGACACCACCUCCUACCACGAGGCGAACGGCAGCUCUGUGAGAAGCUCCUCGCGCUUCUCUGCCUCCUCCACCAAGGAGGGCAGAGAGACGCACAAGUUCUCCAGAUCCACCUUCAGCGAGACCUCAAGCUCCCGAGAGGCGAGCCCAGAGCCCUACUUCUUCCGCAGAACCCCCGAGCCCCCUGAAGGGGCCGAGUCCCCGGAGCUGCCGCGCCCCAGCUGGGCCAGGCCCAGGGACUGGGAAGACGUGGAAGAGUCCUCCAAGUCGGAUUUCUCCGAAUUUGGGGCUAAGCGGAAAUUCACCCAGAGCUUCAUGAGGUCUGACGAGGAGGGAGAGAAGGAGAAGACAGAAAACAGAGAAGAAGGGAGGUUUGCCUCCGGGCGGCGGUCCCAGUAUCGGAGAAGCACGGACAGGGAGGAAGAGGAGGAAAUGGACGAUGAGGCCAUCAUUGCUGCCUGGAGGCGGCGGCAGGAAGAAACCAGGACGAAGCUGCAGAGGAGGAGAGAGGACUGAGCUGGGCCCCGUGCACCCGGGAGGGGCAGAGAACCCAGGGAGAAGCCAUUCUGCUCGCACAGAGCUCAGCCCCCCGCCCCUGUCCCCGGCCAUCAAGGGGUAAAGACAUGGCAGAAUCUUCCAGAAGGAAAGAGCUGAAACGAGAGGCACUGAGCAGAAAGCCCUGGAGGCGGAAUGGGGGGAGGAGGUGAGGGCAGGAGGAGACCCCUCCAGGAGCGGAGGGAGCGCCGGGCUCCUGGCCCCUUUUAUGCAGCCCGGCGCCCUCGGAGCUUGGGUGUUUCACUUCUGUGUCGGGUGGCGCUCAUCCCACACAGAGAGGUGAGCCUGAAAUAGGCCCUGUGGUUUGUCAGAGACUUCCAGGGAGGCCAUGAACCCAGGAUGUCGUUCUGUCUGUAGAAGUUUUAAUGAGACCCAGAAAAAUCUAUCCUGUGGCAAGUCUGACCUCUCCCUCAGUUCCGGAUGCUUCCCUUUAAGGUUCAGUUCUGGUUGCUCCUCUUUGAUGUUUUGGAUCUCCAUUAAAUUGCUAUAUUGUCAAAUA